CACACAAACACGUGCACUGGCACGUAUACACACUCGGUGCACACACACACACGUGCAAACUCACUCAAGCGUGCACACGCAGCUGCCGGGCUGAGCACAGGGGAUGGGGGCUCCAUCACCGCAGCGGGUUCCACGCGCCUCCAUCUGUAACUCGCCUCGAUGUCCCGCCUUGUCUCCCGUGCCCCCCUCCGUGCGUCUUCUUCAUACCCAACGCUGCAACUCUGUGUGCGCACCGUGCCCGGCGACCCGAGUUCGAUUCUCGCUCAAGGCCAACGCCACUGACGCGAAUAUCUGAACCGGUCCUACGCCUCUCUUCCGUCGACUCUUGCGUCAAAUGAGUACCUGGUGCGUGUUGUGUGAACAUCGCCACUCGGGAAACGAAUGCGGCCGGAGAGCGUGGUGCUGGCCACACCACCCCCCACUUGUUUGUGCUGUGUCGGUCUUAAUAGGUGCUUGCUAUCAGCACUUUGCCCCAAUAGCCUGUUAAGGCCAUACGGGGAAUCUUUGUGUGUGGUGUGUGUCCGUGUGUGGGGCAAGCCCUGGGUCUGCGAUCCGAGUGAGAAGGCGAUGUGUCCGGGGGUUAACCGUUGCACGUGGGCUACGUGCGCCUGCAUCUCGGGGGAGAUUUCGCCAGAGGCGUCGAGGGGCUUUGAAGGCCGCAGCGAGCCAGGCAGAGGUCAAGCUCCGUGAGAUGUCCGCGAUGACGCUGGGAGCGCAGCGCCAAUGAUCCGGGGCCGCCAUGGAUCCCAGGAGUCAGCGAGGAGAGGCUUCCCCGCUGCUGGAUGGCACCACCACCGAUGGCGCCCCGGCCCCCGUGCUCUCCCUCGGCCAGAUUAGACCCGCGAAUGCGAGCAACGACUACACGGACGGGCCCCCGGGGACGACAACGGCCACGGGGCCCGCCACGGGACCCGCCACGGGGCCCGCCACGGGACCCGCCACGGGGCCCGCCACGGGGCCUGCGGCGGCCAGGGCAGGCGCUCCACGGGGCCCGCUGCCCCUCCACCAGCAGCAGCAGCAACAACACCAGCACCGCGCCGGCUCCCCGCCGCACAAGCCGGUCGCGCUGGCGGGGCGCGUGGCACGGUCCACCAGCACCGGCAGCACGUGCUCCAAGAGCAGCAGCGCUCGCACGAGCACCGGCAGCACGUGCUCCGAGCAGCGCCUGCUGCCCCCGGCACCGCCGUCACCUCCGCACCUGGGCCCCGCGCCGUCCCCCGCCGGCGCCCCAACGGACCCCCCGGCUACUCCGGACGCGGCGCCGGCGGCGCUCGUGGUGAAGCGGCAGCCGCAGGGCGGCGAGGGGGGUGGCGGAGGCGGUGCCGGCGACGACGACGGCGACGACGGCGCGGGAGAGGGCGGCGCGGCGCCGUCCCGUCCGACGGACGAGCGGGCGGCGCCGGCGCCGGCCGAGAAGCCGGGGUCUCCAACGAACGGCGAGGGCGGCGAGGGCGGCGCGCGUGGCCACGCGGCGUGCGAGCGGUGCGGGAAGUGCGCGUGCGGCGAGUGCGGCUCCACGAGGCGCUCGCUGCCCGCGUGCUGGCUGUGCGAGAAGCGCUGCCUGUGCUCGGCGGGCGCGCUGCUCGAGUCGUGCACGUGCCUGUGCUGCGUCAAGGCGCUCUUCUACCACUGCUCGCCGCAGACCGACGUGGGCGACUCGGGGGACUCGUGGGCCGACAACCCGUGCUCGUGCCGGCGCGCGGGUUGCGUGCCGCGCUGGGCCUGCCUGGGCGCCCUCUCGCUGGCGCUGCCCUGCCUGCUGUGCUACCCGCCGGGCCGCGCCGCGCUCAAGCUGGCGCGCGCCGCGUACGACCGCCUGCAGAGGCCCGGCUGCCGAUGUCGGCGCCGGCGAAACGACGCCGAUUCCGAUCGGGCCGCGCCGGCGCAGUCUCCCGCCGCCGAGAAGCCCGCUUGAGCGACCGCCCCGGCCCCCCGCCGGCCCGCCGGGCCCGCCGAGAGACGCGGGGACCCCGAGGGAGGGGAGGGCGCGGCGACGAGCCGGCGAGCUCGACGGGCGGACGAGGAACGGGCGCUCGCAAACUGUGACGGGAAGCGCCGCGCGGCGUGGGCGCAUGCGACGCCCGUGACCGCCGCGCGUUGUGCGCAUGCACGACGCUGCAGUCGGUGCCAUAUACAGUCUAUAUUACAGUAUACACAGUAUAUAUUGGCGGCACGUGACUCGUGUCCCCUCUUUCACCCCCGCGGCAGAGCUCACCCGACCACUGCAGGGGUCCUCCAGGGGGUGGGGGGGGGGCCCUGGGGGGGGGGCCCCUUACCUCUAGAGCCCCCACAUCCCCCCACACCUCGACGGGGGUCGAUGAGCCCCGUAGCGACCCCCGCCGCAAGGACCCCCGCACCUUUACAGGGGUCCCAUCGCCCCCUUCCCCCCUCGACCACUACAGGGUGCCCCCCACACACACCUCCCUGUGUAGCCCCCCACACGGCUCCACUGGAUGCGGUGCGGCCCCCCAUACCACUAGAGGAGCCUCCUCCACCCCGGUGGGCCCCCACUAUUCAGGGUACAGGGCCCUUGGCCGCGCUAUCCAGGGUCUUGGGCCCCCCGGGUAGGGGCCCCUCCGUGGGUCCCGGGCGGGCCCCCCCCCCCCCUCUCGUCGUCGUUUUCCUGUGUAAAGAGAAAUAUUUAUUCCAAAGUUUUAUAAUAUUUAUUUUACAGAUGUAUGCGAGAGGCAGACCCCCCCCCCCCCGCUCCCCGGGGGCCCUGCGCUCUGUGCUUGAGGAGGGAGGGGCCCCGGGCGGGGGGUUGCUUCCUAUAGAAAUAAAUAAAUAAAUGAUUAUACCCGUGCAAUGCGCGUCCC